UCUACUGGACACGACGACCAUCACGGGAGACUGGGGCUGGCUGACGUAUCCAUCACACGGGUGGGACGCCAUUAAUGAGAUGGACGAGUACUUCAGCCCCAUCCACACCUACCAGGUCUGUAACGUGAUGAGCCCGAGCCAGAACAACUGGCUGAGGACGGUCUGGAUUCCCCGGGAGGGGGCCAGGAGGAUCUACAUCGAGGUCAAGUUCACCCUGAGAGACUGCAACAGCAUGCCGGGAGUCCUGGGAACCUGCAAGGAAACCUUCAACCUGUUCUACUACGAGUCCGACCGGGCGGUGGGCUCGUCCAUCCGGGAGAACCAGUUCAUUAAGAUUGACACCAUUGCGGCGGACGAGAGCUUCACGGGCGUGGACCUGGGAGUCCGCAGGCUGAAGCUCAACACGGAGAUCCGAGGCGUGGGGCCGCUGAGCAGGCGGGGAUUCUACCUGGCCUUCCAGGACAACGGCGCCUGCAUCGCCCUGACCUCCGUCCGGGUGUACUACAAGCGCUGCGUGGGCGUCAGCCGCAACCUGGCCGUGUUCACGGACGUGGUGACGGGCGCCGACUCCUCCUCUCUGGUGGAGGUCAGGGGUCAGUGCGUGGAUCACGCCGAGGAGAAGGACACGCCCAAGAUGUACUGCAGCGCGGAGGGCGAGUGGCUGGUGCCCAUCGGGCGGUGCGUCUGCUCCGCCGGCUUCGAGGAGCACAGGGACUCCUGCGUGGCCUGUGAGGUGGGUUUCUAUAAGCCGGUGGCGGGCGAUGGCCUGUGUGGAAAAUGUCCUCAGCACAGCCACUCGGAGACCAGAGCCGCCCUCUCCUGCCCCUGUGACUCCAACUACUACCGGGCGGCCGACGACCCGCCGGCGGCGUCCUGCUCCCGCCCUCCAUCUGCUCCGGUAAACGUCAUCUCCUCAGUCAACGGCACCUCGGUGAAUCUGGAGUGGGACCGCCCUCUGGACACGGGCGGCCGCAGCGAUCUGCUGUACAGCGUGCUGUGCCUCAAGUGCUCGGGGGAAGGCGGCCCCUGCGAGGACUGCACGUCCUCGCCGGGAGGGGGCGGCGGCGGCGGCACGGGCGGAGGGAAGGCGGGGGGAGGGGCCGGCGUCGGCGGAGGGGGGAUGGUGGAGCGCCUGGGCACGGCGGCGGUCCGGUUCGUCCCCCGGCAGAGCGGACUCAAGGAGCCCUGGGUGACGGUGCUCAACCUGGUGGCGCACACCAACUACUCCUUCCGCAUCCAGGCCACCAACGCCGUGACGCACCUGAGCAACGAGCCGUCCCCGUACGCCCUGGCCAACAUCACAACGAACCAGGCAGCACCAUCUGAAGUGUUGGCCAUCCGCCAGGAGAACACCAGUCAGAACAGCGUGACUCUGAUGUGGCACGAGCCCAACCAGCCCAACGGAGUCAUCCUGGAGUACGACAUCAAAUACUACGAGAAGGACAACGAAGAGCAAAGUUACUCCACUCUGAAGUCUAAAAACACCAGCGCUAAAGUGUCGGGGCUCAAGCCGGGGACCAAGUAUAUCUUCCAAGUCCGAGCCAGAACCUCAGCAGGCUGCGGACGCUUCAGCCAGAACAUCGAGAUCCAGACCGGGAAAGCAGCUCCUCUGCGCUACAACACCAUGACCAUCAUCUGGAUCUGCAUGGCGCUGGUGUCCGGCCUGGUCGCCUUCCUGGCCAUCAUCAUCUGCAGGAAACGGCAAGGCUACACUCUACCACACUACCCCUCGCUGCUACACUGUGGAUACAGCAAAGCCUUCCAGGACUCCGAUGAGGAGAAGAUGCACUACCAGAACGGCCAUGUGUCGUUCCCCGACGCGAGGUUCUACAUCGACCCGCACACGUACGAGGACCCCUGCCAGGCGGUGCACGAGUUCGCCCGAGAAAUCGAAGCUUCCAGGAUCAAAAUCGAGAAAAUCAUUGGUUCAGGGGAGUUCGGCGAGGUGUGUUACGGACGCAUGAGGCUCCCGGGGAAACGGGACAUCCCGGUGGCGCUCAAGACCCUGAAGGCGGGAUACACCGAGAAGCAGAAGAGAGACUUCCUGGCCGAGGCGUCGAUCAUGGCUCAGUUCGACCAUCCCAACGUCAUCCGGCUGGAGGGGGUGGUGACCCACAGCAAACCGGUGAUGAUCAUCACGGAGUACAUGGAGAACGGCUCUCUGGACUCCUUCCUCCGGAGGCACGACGGCCAGUUCACCGUCAUCCAGCUGGUGGGCUUGCUCCGAGGCAUCGCGGCGGGGAUGACCUACCUGUCUGACCUGGGCUACAUCCACCGAGACCUGGCCGCCCGCAACAUCCUGGUCAACAGCAACCUGGUGUGUAAGGUGUCCGACUUCGGCCUGUCCAGGGUCCUGGAGGACGACCCCGACGCCGCAUACACCACCAGUGUGAGUUUUCACAUCGAGGGCGGAAAAAUCCCGAUCCGCUGGACGGCGCCGGAGGCCAUAGCCUACAGAAAGUUCUCCUCCUCCAGCGACGUGUGGAGCUAUGGCGUGGUGAUGUGGGAGGUCAUGUCGUACGGAGAGCGGCCAUACUGGAACCUCACCAACAGAGACGUGAUCAAGUCUGUGGAGGAAGGCUACCGGCUGCCCGCCCCCAUGGGCUGUCCUGGCGCGCUGCACACGCUCAUGCUGGACUGCUGGCAGAAGGAUCGCAACGAGAGGCCGCGCUUCUGCCAGAUAGUCACCAUCCUCGACAAGCUAAUCCGAAACCCGGAGAAUCUGAAGUCCAUGGACACACUCUGCAGUUUAAGCAGUCCUCCGCUGAUGGAGAGAGCUCUCCCCGACUUCAGUAGCUGUAACUCAGUGGACGAGUGGCUGGACACCAUAAAGAUGGGCCGCUACAAGGACCACUUUGCAGCAGGGGGGUACCACACUCUGGGGCAUGUCAUAAGCAUGAACCAAGGGGACAUCCAGCGGCUCGGGGUGACGCUGAUGGGUCACCAGAAGAAGAUCAUGACCAGCGUCCAGCUGAUGAGAGCGCAGGUCCUCAACAAGAGCGUGCCGUCGGUGCAUGUAUAACUCCAACAGGGAGGGUCCUCUGUGCCGAAUAUCUGGAAUCCCCGUCUUCUGUAAGGUCUGGAUGGACUCCACAGGAAACACGACGGUCUGAUAAACAAGAGAAGAUAUGUGGGAACUUUACAAGACUUUUCCUCAAGAGGUUAACGAACAAAGCGCGGAUGGUUUGACCUACGGAGGAAGUGAAGGUGACUCCUUCGGGACAAGUCCGACCUUUCUAUUUCUUUUCCGACCUGAUACGUUUUCUGUUAAAAUGUCAUGUUUCUAAAUGGAAAGACUGCCUUAAUUACCACAAAUGAUUUUAAUUUUAUUGUCUACAAAGAGAAGAUAAUUUAUCAAUCAUGAAUCUAUUGGAGGGAUACGAUUGGCUGA